AUGGUGAGAGGAUUAGUUACUGUUCCAUGGAAGAUGCAAUAUUUGUUAGAAAGGAUUAAGCUAUUGUUUACUUUUCUGAAUCUGCAAAUCAAACACAUAUAUAGGGAAGCUAAUGGUCUGGCUGACUUCUUAGCUUCCUUUGCAGUUAAAUCAGAACAGUACACUGUGUUUUCUGCAAAUACUACUCUGCCAUCUAUUGGAAGACUUAUAAUGCAACAAGAUGUAUAUG